AUGAGUGGAAAAAUCUGUUUCAAGUGUGAAAAACCGGGUCAUAUUGCUCGUUUUUGCACCGCAAAUGAUACUGAUACGGAUACUGAUCAUGAUUUUGAACAUGAUGAAGAUGAAAUUUGUUGUGAAUGUCACUGUCCUAGAUACAUUUGUCAACUAUCUCCAGAUCACGAAUUUAUGCCACUAGGUCUAUGUGUGUUAGGUAUUUAUGACAUAUGCUCUCUACUCACUUUAAAUUUGAAGGUCGAUGUAAUUGUAGUAUGUUCAUCAUCGGAUGGAUUAAGAGAAUCUGUCCUUCGAGCAGCUGGUCCGCAUAUUCAAAGAGCAUAUGCACAAGCUAAACGAACAAAAUCCCGCGAUGAAAUGAUUGCUUUGGAAUGUUCUAAUUUACCAUGUCAACGGAUUUUAUUUUUACCAUGGACACCCGAUGAAAAGCUCAUUUUCACCGAACAAACGAUAAAAACUUUUCUAUCCAAAGCGGUGAAAUAUGUACUCGAUGAAAACUACACAAGCGUGGCAUUUCCUGCAAUUGGCUGUGGGCAAUACGGCUUCGAUGCGGAUUUUAUCGCUCGUGCAAUGAUAAAUCAUAUCAAAUCCGAAUCGUAUCCAUUGAGCAUCACGAUUACUAUUUGCCCGAAAUUCCAUCACAUAUUCCAAGCUUUUCAAAAUGCUAAUGCGAAAAUUCCGGUUAUUCAAUCGCUCCCCGAUACUUGGUUGUAUGUCAAUGAUUUAAAUAAGUUGCGUUAUCUAGUCGCUCGAAAUACUCACGAAUGGCGUAUCAUUGUUGAAGAAUUCAAUACGACCAUGUCUGGACUUUAUCGAAGAAUCAAUCGCAUCGAACAUAUUCAAAACGAUCGAUGGCAUAAGCAAUACGUAAUACAUCGAGAGGAUUUUCAAAACCGUGUGAAGAUGAAUACGGAGAAAUUUCUCUACCAUGGUUGUUCGGCUAUGGCUGCAGAUAGUAUCAUCAAAGACUAUUUCAAUCGAAGUCUAAGUGGAGAAAACGGAACACAAUAUGGUUGCGGAGUUUAUUUUUCAUCCAAUGCAAGUUACAGUCAUGUGUAUAGCGUACCGAACAAUCAUGGAGAACGAUGUAUGUUUUAUGCACGGGUUCUAAUUGGUAACUCAACAUUAGGGAAUACUAACAUGAAAGUUUGCCCGGGAAAUUAUCAUACAACUACCGACGGCGAUCACAUCUAUGUCACGUAUCAUGAUGCGCAAGCAUACGGACAGUAUUUAAUAUAUUAUCAAUAA